GGGAGAAUACGAUGGAGUGCGGAAAGUGUGAGGCCUCGGACGGGCGUUGUGGUUACGACAAUUUAACCCAAGAGUCCUUGUGCUUACCGCAAAGAUGGCACCGUAAAUUUUCAUAGCUGCAGAUCCAAAGGAAGAAACGCGAUCGGACUGAAGGUUGCAAUAGCAUUAUCUGCGGUUGGAGCUGCAACAGUGAUAGCCUGCUGCCUGAUGUGCUGCGUCCUAUUUAGGAAAACAAAUAAAACGUCAAAAAAAGAAGAUCAGAUUGUUGAUGCCUUCCUAAGGCAGUAUGGAUCCCUAUCCCCAACAGCAUAUAGCUAUUCAGACAUUAAGAACAUGACAAAUUCCUUUAAAGAGAAACUUGGAGAAGGGGGUUACGGAGAGGUCUACAAAGGUAAUCUUAGAGGUCACCCUGUUGCGGUGAAAAUCUUAAAAGAGACCAAGGGGAAUGGAGAAGAGUUCAUUAACGAAGUUGCAAGCAUCAGUCGAACUUCUCAUGUCAACAUUGUUAAUCUGUUGGGAUUUUGUUUGAGUCGUCGAGUGAAAGCUCUUAUUUAUGAAUUCAUGUCAAAUGGAUCUCUUGAUAAACACAUAUACAAUGAAGUUCCAAACAUGAGAUGGGAAAUGUUGUACAAAAUUGCACUCGGGAUAGCUCGAGGAUUAGAAUAUUUGCAUAGAGGAUGCAACUCCCGAAUUUUGCAUUUUGACAUAAAACCUCAUAAUAUUCUUCUGGAUGAGGACUUUUGUCCGAAGAUAUCUGAUUUCGGUUUAGCAAAACUAUGUACUCGAAAAGAGAGCAUGAUGUCCACACUAGAAGCCCGAGGAACCAUUGGUUACAUAGCUCCAGAGGUCUUCUGUAGAAAUUUUGGAGGAGUUUCACACAAAUCUGAUGUUUAUAGCUAUGGAAUGAUGGUUCUCGAAAUGGUUGGAGGAAGAAAGAACUACAGUGCUGAAAGAAGCAAUAACAGUGAAAUAUAUUUCCCUCGUUGGGCUUAUCAACGAAUUUUGCUAGAUGAAAACCUAAAUAUAAGAGAUAUGAUGACCAAUGAAGAAGAAGAGAUUGCAAAGAAAAUGAUAUUAGUUGGUUUGUGGUGCAUCCAAACAGAUCCCACGCAAAGGCCGGACACUGGUAAGGUAAUUGAAUUGUUAGAAAGUAGCUUGGAGGCCUUCCAAAUCCCACCAAAACCUUUCAUAUGUUCUCCAUCACGAUCAGAAGGAUCGGCAUUGAACACUUUGGAGCGACCUGCAAAGCCAUUUUUAUUUUCUACUUUGAGUUCGACGCUCGAGUCUGCAGCCUCAACAAUUGUAUAGUUUGCUGAAGAAGUUUUUAGAUAAUAUUUUUGUAUAACAUUGGAAUAUAAUGAUCAAAUAUUCGUGAAAGUUAUAAAGAUGUGGCGAAUUCCACUUAAAGGUAAAAACUUGUUUAUUUAUUUUCUUAUUUAACUGUUUAACUUUUGCAGGAGAGAAAUAAGGUGAAGGGAAUUUUGUAGUCUGAGUUGAGGCUUAUUUUAAUUUACUAAUUGAUGUAUUAUGCUAAUUCUAGACCUGAGAAGGAACUAAAUGAAAGGUUUUCACCCCCAA